GGGCGGGGGCUCGGGUUGGGAUCUGGUCCUGUACCCAUCUACCCACCAUGAGAUGGUGGAGAUCUAGGGAGGGUGAACUUUCCUUCUGAGAUUCGGGUAUAAGGGGAAAGGUACGUGUUGAGUCUAUAAAGCUGUGCAGGUGGCACAGCCGAGAAGAGAGAAUUGGGGAAACGAGGAAGGUUCCAUGAGAUGACUUGAACUGCGGAGACGUUUGGCAAAGGAAAAGGGCUUCAGUUUUAAUGUGAGAUCACUGGAAGUUGAGGCUGGGCUUCAUCACCAGGCCUCCUCACCAACUCCUGUCUCUUCUGUGUACCGGAUACCGAUUACUUCGAACCCCAGUACUUUGUACUCAGCCCAGGCCCAGAACCAUGUCCUCAUCCUGGGAGCUGCCCCUGGUGGCUGUGUGCCAGGUAACAUCAACACCAAACAAGCAAGAGAACUUUAAAACAUGUGCUGAGCUGGUUCAAGAGGCUGCCAGACUGGGUGCUUGCCUGGCCUUUCUGCCUGAGGCAUUUGACUUUAUUGCACGAAACCCUGCCGAGACAUUACUCCUGUCCGAACCACUGAAUGGGGAUCUUUUGGGCCAAUAUAGCCAGCUUGCCAGGGAAUGUGGAAUCUGGCUGUCCUUGGGCGGUUUCCACGAGCGUGGCCAAGACUGGGAGCAGAAUCAGAAAAUUUACAAUUGUCAUGUGCUUUUGAACAGCAAGGGAUCAAUAGUGGCCAGUUACAGGAAGACACAUCUGUGCGAUGUAGAGAUCCCAGGUCAGGGGCCGAUGAGAGAAAGCAACUAUACCAAGCCUGGAGGCACUCUUGAACCACCUGUCAAGACACCGGCUGGCAAGGUUGGUCUAGCAAUCUGUUAUGACAUGCGGUUCCCUGAACUUUCUUUGAAAUUGGCUCAAGCUGGGGCAGAAAUACUUACUUAUCCUUCAGCCUUUGGAUCUGUUACAGGUCCAGCCCACUGGGAGGUGCUGCUGCGGGCCCGCGCCAUUGAAUCUCAGUGCUAUGUAAUAGCAGCAGCGCAAUGUGGACGCCACCAUGAAACAAGAGCAAGUUAUGGCCAUAGCAUGGUGGUUGACCCGUGGGGCACAGUGGUGGCCCGCUGCUCCGAGGGACCAGGCCUCUGCCUUGCUCGAAUUGAUCUCCACUUUCUACAACAGAUGCGCCAACACCUGCCUGUGUUCCAGCACCGCAGACCUGACCUCUAUGGCAGUCUGGGUCAUCCACUCUCUUAAUGCUUUUAACUUCUGUUGGUUAAGACACACAGACACAUGCCAACUGUGAGGUGAUGUUACUGUGACUUGUAGGCAGGACACAAGCACGGUUCCCUUCCCUUGCAGAACUUUAACCUCUCUUAAUGGAACACAGGCCUAAUCAAGUCCAUGGGAAAGAAGAGACUUUGACCUGACCUCAGAUUUCAGUUUCAGAAAAGUGGAAUUUUAUAUAGUCACUGUUUAUUUCAUGAAAACUGAAGUUAUGCUGAGGGCUGAGCAGCACUGGCAUUGAAAAAAAUAUAAUCAUCAUAAUGUCUGGA